UAACAAUAAGUAAUAAUGAAUGGAACAGGUGUUGGCUAUGGUCCCAUGGUUCCCUAGGAUAUAUAAAGAACCUGCAUUACCCUGUGUAACACACAACAAAAUGGACAACGUAACCAUUAAUGUGUUAGACAGCAAAGGCAAUGUUGUCAUGCUAAUGGUUUCCAAGGACAUCGCUGAAAGGAUGCAAAAUGAUCAAAUGUUCCUUUCCUCUGUCAUGGAGAAAGUAUCAGCUGCUGAAACAAAAGCUCUCCUCAGUGGCCCAGCUUGUGCUGCAAAGCUUCUCCAACCUCCUAUUCCAUGUCCCACUACCUCCACUAGGUCGCCGGCACCCCUAAACCUCAGUUUUGUGAAACCACCAUCCACCAGCCAGUGCCCCAUUACUACCACUAGGACCCCUGUACCACCUUCACCAUCCACUAGCCAGUGCCCCAUUACUACCACUAGGCCCCCUGUACUACUUACCUCCACUGUCAAGGACCCACCACCUUCCACUCUGCAACCUGGUGCAGUGUGUGGAAACCCUUCAGCAUCCAUUCAACCUUCAUCCCCUUUCUUCCAGUCAGACAGGCAUGAAUCUCAAGGUAUUGCAUCAAAUAGGAAGGAAGGAAGAUAA